AAUUGGCGCUGCUUUCACAGCCGCCGCACCGCCAUCAUGAUCUCGCUGUUCUGGGGCUUAUGGCAGUACCUGUUCUCCAAGGCGGAAGUCCAUCUGCUGAUCAUCGGCUUGGAUUAUGCCGGCAAGACUACACUCCUGGAACAGCUCAAGACCAUGUUUGGCAAAAAGGCAGGCAUCCCACUCGACAAGAUCCCACCCACCGUCGGCCUCAACAUCGCCAAGGUCGACAUCUCGCGCACGAACGUCAUCUUUUGGGACUUGGGGGGACAGGAACGAUUGCGUGCAAUAUGGAGCAAAUACUAUAGCGAAAGCCACGGCGUAGUGUUUGUCGUCGACUCGUCGGAUCCUGCCCGCUUCGACGAAGCCCGCGCUGCCCUCGCGUCCAUGCUCGCACACCCAGAGCUGUCGGACGUGCCCCUGCUAGUCCUCGCCAACAAGAGUGACCUGGACACCGCCCAAACAUCCGCGGAGCUCACCGCACGGCUGGAGCUCGACCGGCUCGCGGAAUCGCAUCAGUGGACCCAGCGACCCAUCUCUGCCCUCACCACCGGCAUAGCCGACGCCGUCACGUGGUUCGUGUCCGCCGUCAAACAAACCGACCGCUUUCAAGCAAAACAGCAGCAAGCGACCAAUUCGCGUGUAUAAUAAAACAAUAGGGACCGCAUGUGAUUACUCGUUUCCGAUAUGGAAUUUUUACACAAUUCC